GGCACGGCCACCUCCAGCUCCCCGACGUGGGGCGGCGCAGCCGGCAGUGGGCAUGCGCGCGGCGGGCGGGCGGGCAUGCUCAGUACUAAGGGCUCGGUGAGCAGGGAGGUUACUCGGCUGCGGAGCAGCGCAAUGGCAUCCCAAAAGAAGUUGCAGGGUCUUGUAGCAGCUACAGUCACUCCAUUGACUUCAGAUGGAAAAAUUAACCUGUCUGUGAUUGGUCAGUAUGUGGAUUACCUGGUAGAUAAGCAGGGAGUGAAAAAUGUUUUUGUGAAUGGCACAACAGGAGAAGGGCUGGCGCUGAGCUCCCAGGAGAGGAAGCAGCUGGCAGAAGAAUGGGUGAAUCAAGGGAAAAAAAAGUUGGAACAUGUGAUCAUUCACGUGGGAGCAUUAAGUCUACCAGAGUCAAAAGAACUGGCCAGACAUGCAGCUGAAAUAGGAGCCAGUGGCAUCUCUGCAAUAGCCCCCUUUUUUUUUAAACCUACAAACAAAGGUGCCCUGGUUGCUUUCUUAAGGGAAGUCGCAUCUGAAGCCCCUCACAUUCCAUUUUAUUACUAUCACAUUCCUCCUUUAACAGGUGUAAAGAUUUGUAUUGAGGACCUGUUGGAUGGAAUAAAAAAGCAGAUCCCCACCUUCCAAGGCGUGAAAUACAGUGACACAGACCUCUUGGACUUUGCACAGUGUAUGGACAAGUAUAACAAGGAGCAAUUUCUGUUACUCUACGGGGUAGAUGAGCAACUGUUAAGUGCUCUGGCAGUGGGAGCAACUGGAGCAGUUGGAAGCACGUACAACUACUUGGGCCAAGCAAACAAUAUGAUGUUCCAGGCUUAUGCAAAUCAGGACUUUGCCUUAGCUAGGAAGUAUCAGUUCUGUAUUGGGGAAUUCCUAAGCUUUGUAUUCAAACUAGGUUUCGGUGUUGCACAAACUAAAGCGAUCAUGACUUCCUUGUCUGGCAUUCCAAUGGGUCCCCCACGACUUCCACUCAUGAGUGCCUCUGAAGAGUUUAUCACCAAAGCAAAAGCCAAGCUGGACAGCCUACCAUUCCUCACCACUUACCCGGCCAAGUGAUUUGACAUUAAUGUGGAUCUGGAGGUUUGGGGCCUUCCUCCACUGUUGUGAUCCACCUGAAUGUCCCCGCUGGAACACACCGACUUUUUUCAGGGAAUUUGACUUCCUGCCAGGGGUGGCCUUUGGUGGUCUACAACUAACUUUCUUUCUCUUAGCUUUAUGUGGAGGGGAAACUCUAUAGUAGUUGCCUUUGCACCACAGGGCAGAGGCUUGGUAUCUUCCAAAGAAGACAGCUUCUCAGAGUUGGAAGAAUCUGGCUUUUCCUAAACAGAGGAGAAACAUUCCUUGCUGGAACUCCUGAGUUUCUCUGGACUGGGAAGAGGACUAUCUCCAUAUCGCCAUCUACCAGAAUUCCCUCCAGCUAGGUCUGUCUUUGCUUUUCCUGUGUUUAUCCUUUCAUUAGCAUCUUCCGUACCACAUCCUCUUUUCAAUGUAAUGCUAUUCUGCUGCCUAGCUUGGAAUUUUAAUGCACUCAUUUUUUAUAUAAACCUAAAAAACCCAUGACUGCGCACUGGUAAGGAAACCAGGGAGUAUUUUUGAGAGCUUCAUUUCUCUUUUUGUAGUUUUCCUUCCCCUUAGUUUUUACAGUCUUUCAUCUAACAAAAUAUUCAAAGAUUUAUUUUUGUGACAGGAAGCACUUUCAGCCCUCUGAUGCAGGGGUUGGCAACCUACAGCCUGUGGACUGGAUCCAGUUUAUGGAACCUUUGGAUCCAGCCUGUGGAUGUGGGACUUCAGCAGCAUUUGGUGGUGGGGAGCUUUGACUGUGGACAAUCUCCCUAUGUCACUGUGGAGAUGAGCACUGAUUGCAGGGUGCUCCACCUGUGCUGCUGUGGAGACAAGUGGCAGUGGCAGCAGGGUCCUAGCACCUACCCAUCUGAUUUUGACUCAGGGUGGUUAUUCUAGCCUGCAGCUGGAAGAGGUUGCCUACUAGGGCUGUGUGAAGCUUCAGUAACUGAUUUGAUUCGGCCCGAUUUGGCAGCCGAAUCUCCAAAUCUGAAUUGAAUCGGGAGGCCCAUCAAAAGGUCCAAAUUGUAUUGGAGAGAUUUGGAGAUUCGGAAGGCUUGCAGUUUUUGUGAUACGAGUUUUGCUUUCAACAGUUUUCAGGUGCACUUUCACAGAUACCCUUGCACCUAUCUCCUUGAAACUUGGCAGGCUUCGUGCCCUAAGAGCCGCUAGCAUCCCUGCUGUUUUCAUCCAAAUAUGCAAAAUAAUUACAAAGUUAUAGGUAUUUUAGUGAUUUCCCAUUAUAGUCUAACAGAGCAAGGAAUAGCCCAAUUCCUUUGUUGCUACGGAGUUGCGAGUACAGGGGGAAGUUGGGUCAGGGACAGGGGAAGAAUAAUUACUUAAUAGGCACAGUUGGGAGAGGGAUCACAUCAGAGAGGUAUUUCACCUGAUUAAGGGCCAGCAACUACUAAAGACCACAGCCAGAGGGCUAUUCUUUUCCCCCUGGGGCAGAGCAUAAGAAGAAUCUGUGGGGAAAGCCAGGAGCAGCAAACCCAGUGCUGGAGCAGAUUGCUGAUUAGACUGGCUGACCGGGUGAAGGUAACCACAGCAGCCAGCAAAACGAAGAGGUGAGAGAGGGGAGACGUUUACCAGGUUGAUCCUCAGGUGGAGAGACGGUCCCAUGGAGGAAGAAUCCACUGAUACCUGCACCUCCCUGGAGUGGGGGGCGCACAAAUUGGGGAGAUUGCCCCAGGCCCCGCACUUUGGAGGGCCCUGCAGACAGUGCCUGCUGCAGUUGCUGUGCACUGCCAGCUCUGCCAUGGCAGCUGCACACCACCAUCCCCCUGCUUCAGCUGCUGGCCACCCCCCACUCCCCCCCCCAAC